AGAUGCGUGUUGGCGUUGCAGACUGUUGAUUGGCUGCGAGGUGUGCCCCUCCGAAUGUACACAACAGCCGUGACAUCGCUGUUUAGAGAACACGGAGGCCGAGACGAGAAGAGCUGUGGUUCAAUUGUUUGUGUCCGUAUUCGCCUCGACAGAAACACGAUGUGGAAGCUCGUCCUUCCCGUUCUCGCGGCAGUUUUGGCCGUCGGGUGGGGUGGUCUGGUGGGGGCACCCUCAGACGUGGAUGCCAACGAUGCCGGGGUGCAGGAUGCGCUGAACUUCGCCGUCGUCAAACACAACAGAGGAACCAACGACAUGUACCUCAGCCAGGUGGCAGAAGUGGUGAAGGUCCAGAGACAGCUGGUUAGUGGCACGAAGUACACCAUAACUGUGAAAAUGGCGAAGACCCCCUGCAGAAAGGAGAGUGCAAAUGAAGUGUGUGCCAUCUACCAAGACCAAGAACUGGCCCGGCCUUACGAGUGCACAUUCGUCGUGUGGAGUCGCCCAUGGCUUGGUGUUAUCACGAUGCUGGAUGAGAAAUGCUAGAAAGGAGAACAACGUGGGAAAUCUUCAGUGUUGGCAUUGUUUGCAUGAACAGCCUUUUUUUUCUUGCAGACAAACCAAAACGUUAUUAACAAUACCAUUUUCCUUUGAUAUUUCACAGUAUUCUAGAUUGAUUAAGCUCUGAAAGUCACAUUGUUUCAGACUGCAGAAUAACCUGUCCAGCUUUACAGUGCAGAGACACAUGAUUUUUUAGAGGUGCACUAAUGCAUAAUCAAGCAAAUAACAAAUAAUUGUGUGAUGAAAUGUUUUAAUAGUGUAUUAAAAACUUUUUCAAUGAAAUGAAAAUUAAAUCAGCACAUGAACUUAAA